AUGAGGGACAUUCUGAGCAUCGGCGGGGAACCCGUCUUCGAUGAUCGCAUCGUGAAGAUUGAGAGUCACACGUACAAUCCCAGGACCUAUACACGCUGCCGUGCGAGUUUUCUCUACGUCGAAGGUAGACUGCACGCGAAGAAUAAUCCGCCGCUCGCGUCGAGCGGCGAAUCGGGUAAGCCUGCCUCGGCCUCUAAGGAGCCGUCCGUGCCCUCGACGCCGGCGUGGCUCGUGAACAAUUGCGUCGCCUUUAUGUUCGAGGAGAUACGUUACGAGCUCGAUGGCGUGGAGAUCGAUCGUAAUCGCAACGUCGGAAUAACCAGCACGAUCAAGAACUACGUCUCUCUGACGGCACGAGGCAAGAUCUUGAAGAACGCCGGAUGGGAUCUCGCGACUGGACCGAGCGGCGUCGCGUCGACGGGCGAUUUCAACUUCUGCGUUCCUCUCGACACGCUGCUAGGUUUCUGUGAGGAUUACAGGCGCGUCGUCAUCAACGCGCGUCACGAGCUGAUUCUGAUAAGAGCGCGAAACGACAACAAUUGUCUGAUUUCGCGCGAGGAAUUCGAGCCGAGAGUCGAGCUCACGAAGAUACAGUGGCGCGUGCCGCACGUGGAUCUCUACGAGUUUCUGCUCCUGCAGAGCACGACCAAACACUCGUGGGCCGUAAAAGCGGCCACGCAGCUCGAGAAACCGCGUUACGUCAUCUUCGCGUUGCAGACCGGAAGGAAAAACGUCCUGUCGCAGGACGCUUCCAAAUUCGACGCGUGCAAUCGGACCAACGUAAAGUUGUAUCUCAAUUCCGACUUCUAUCCGUACGACGAUAUGAAUUUGGACUUCGAUAAAAACAAGAUCGCCGUACUGUACGACGCCUACGCGAGAUUUCGACGAACGUAUUACGGAUCCGCGAGCGACGAGACGCUCCUGACUAUGAACAAAUUUCUAUACUGCGGCUCGCUCGCGGUGAUAGAUUGUUCCCGCCAAAACGAAGCGAUUAAGAGCGCCACUGUGGACGUUCGUCUAGAAUUCGACUGCAAGGACAACGUUCCUUCUAACACCACGGCAUACUGUCUAAUCAUUCACGAUCGCGUGGUGGAGUACAAUCCGUUGACGAACGUCGUGCGUAAGAUCCUGUAA